UAGUCUUGAAAAAGUUCUGUUUUUUGAAUCAUAUUGAUUUUCCCGCCAUUGGCUAGUGCUCCAUGUUUUUUAUUGGUUAAUGUUGGCACUUCUUAUUUCACACGUAUAAACGACCAUUGUACUUUGUGCAGUAGUUCAUUUCAUCAUAUUAAAAUAAAUUUAUGGUGUAGAUUACUAAUACUUAAUGAUUUGUUAAAAAUAUAAUAUCAUCCUUUUAUCAACAUACAUAUAUAAAUAUAUAUGUAUAUUUAUUAACUUAUAGUUAUUGUGUUAACUCUAAAAGAAUUAUUCACAAUGCAUGGUCGUGUUAAGGUACGCACAACAGCUGAACAAGAGGAGAUACAAAAGAAAAAAAAAGCUAAGAAAUUAGCUGAAUAUAAGAGUGCUAUGACUGAGAUAUUUAAAAAGAGGGAAGAAAAUGUAUUGGAUGACGAUAUGUUAUUUUUAACGGAGAACGUUCUUUUAGAAAAUUCAGAUAUUAAUACAUUGUGGAACAUACGUCGUGAAGUAUUUCAAAGUAAUAAUCGGAACGAAGAUAAUUAUACAAAUUUACUUACAAGGGAAUUAACGUUGACUGAAGUUUGUAUAAGAAAUAAUCCUAAGUCUUAUAGCGUGUGGCAUCAAAGGUGGUGGGUAAUGGAACAUUUACAAAAACCUGAUUGGGUUAAAGAAUUAGCUUUAUGUACAAAAUGUCUUAAUAUAGAUGAAAGAAAUUUUCAUUGUUGGGAUUAUAGAAAAUACGUGGUAGAGAAAGCAGGAAUAUCUGAUUUUGAAGAAUAUAAUUACUCAACGACUAAAAUAUUAAACAAUUUUUCUAAUUACUCGUCGUGGCAUUACAGAAGUAAAAUUCUUAACAAAUUAUUUCCUAGCGAUUAUCAGGAAAUACCAAUUACACAAACAAAAUGGGAAGAAGAACUUGAUUUAGUUAAAGAUGCAACGUUUACGGAUCCUAAUGAUACGAGUGCAUGGUUUUAUCAGAGAUGGCUUUUAGAUGAUUAUAAACCUAAAUCUCAUUGUGUAUUAUGGAGAUCUCGUAUUACAACUAAUAAGAUUGACGCUGUAUUUGAUAAUGAAAUAUCUGGAUCGUCUGAAAAUAUUUCAUUGUUUAUUGAUAAUAAUAAAAUAGAUGUUCAAUGGAAAUCGUACAUGGGGAAGAGAUUUUCUAAAGUAUGGAUCGGUAUAUUAUCUACUUUGUUAAAGAAUUUAAGCGAUUUAAAAGACGUUCGCAUUAAUGUUCAAGAUAAAGAAUAUCAAUUUAAUUAUUCGCAUGAAGAAAAUGCAUGGAUAUAUAAAAAUAAUUUGUCAAUUAAGGAAUAUCAUAACAAAAAACAAUUACAAGAUCAAUUAGAAAGUUACAAACAAUUAGCAGAACUGGAACCAAGUAAUAAAUGGGUUAUAUUAAUUGGUAUAUUUCUUAUGAAAAAACUUAAUUUUCUUUCUUAUUAUGAUACUAUAAUGGACAACUUAAAAACAUUAUGCACAUUUGAUACUCUACGUUCAUACUAUUAUAAAGAUUUACGUUUCCAAUAUAUAUUGGAAAAUGCAUUUUCAGGACUAUGGAGACAAGAGAAAGAUUUACAAAUAAACAAAAAGUUUGCCUUAAGUGAAUUAUCUUUAACGAAGCUUCACAAUAAUCAAUAUUUUACAUUUUUUGAGGAAGUAUAUCUUAAUGGAAAUGAAUUAGCAAACUCGUUGCAUCAACUCUCAACUUUACAAUAUUGUAAAAUAUUAGAUUUAUCUUGUAAUAAGAUUAAGUCAUUGAAACAUUUGCCUACGUUAAGUAAUUUAGAGUUUUUAUCUUUACGGUCUAACGAAAUAUCAGAUAUCAAUGAAAUAACAGAUCUCAUAAAAAGACAGGAUAAGUUAAUGGCAUUAGAUUUAAAGGAUAAUCCUGUUUACGAUUCUUAUAAGGAUAAGGAUGAGAUCUUGAAAGUUCUUAAAGAACAUACUAAUUGGGAAGUAUACUUACUAUAGUAAAUAAAUUCAUAUUUUUAAGUGGGUUUUAAUGAUAAAUUAUAUUUCUUUAAAGUAUG